AUGGCACAAGUGUUCGGCGGAGUGGAAGGGGGGGGCAGUCACUCUGUGGCUCUCAUCGUCUCUGCAGAAGGACAAAUCCUGUCUCAGACACAAGGGCCCUGCAGUAACCACUGGCUGGUAGGAGCAGACAGAUGUUUGGAGGUGAUCUAUGACAUUGUGCAGAGAGCGAAGGCUGAGGCUGGUCUGGACCCAGACACACCUCUGCUGUCUCUGGGCAUGUCUCUCAGUGGUGGUGAUCAGAAGGAGGCCAUAAACAAACUGAUUGAGGACAUGAGGAGGCACUACCCCAACCUCAGCCAACACUACCUGAUCACCACAGACGCCAUGGGAGCCAUCGCCACAGCCAGCGACCAGGGUGGUGUGGUGCUGAUCUCUGGUACUGGUUCUAACUGUAAGCUCAUGAACCCUGGAGGAGCUGCAGUCGGCUGUGGAGGCUGGGGUCACAUGAUGGGAGAUGAGGGCUCAGCCUUCUGGAUCUCUCAUCUCGCUGUGAAGACAGUGUUUGAUGCUGAGGACCAUCUGGCUCCGCCCCCUCACGGCGUCACUCACGUCCGCGGCGCCAUGAACGACUACUUUAAGGUGAGUGACCUGAUGGGGAUGUUGCCUCACCUCUACAGAGACUUCAAGAAGGACUUUUUCGCUGGAUUUUGCAAGAAAUUGGCAGAAGGCGCCCUGGCUGGAGACCCUCUGUGCAGACAUGUGUUCUCGGAGGCGGGGAAGGUCCUGGCUGAACAUGUGGUGGCUGUGCUGCCUGCUGCAGCGGAGACGCUGCUCUCUGGAGACAUGGGUCUCCCCAUCCUCUGUGAGGGAGCCGUGUGGAGGAGCUGGGACCUACUCAAACCAGGGUUCACUCCGGUCCUGACUGAAGCAGCGUCCAGUGAUCAAUUCAGAGGUCGUUUCCGUGGUUACCGCCUCCUGACCCUGCAGCAGUCGUCGGCUCUAGGCGGGGCCCGUCUGGGGUCUGAGGAGCUGGGGGCCCCCCUUCACAUGGACUACUGCUCCAAUGCCAAAGAGUUCUACAGCCACCGCUUCAACUCUGACCUAUGA